AUGGGCUUCGGGCUAUCCAGAGGCCUCCAGCGCAACGGCUCCAAGAUGCGUAACUUCAACUGGGAUGCAAUCCCCAAACACGUGGUGGUGGGUAAACACAACAUCUGGACGGAAGAGAAGACCCUAGGAGAGUAUGAGCUGGACACUCAGAGGAUUGAGGAGCUGUUCAGUCACAGCCAACAUCAGGGACAGGGACAGGUACAGAAGGCUCUGAACAGACAGAGUCUCAGAGGCAAGCCAACCAACGGUCAGGGCACAGAAGUGGUAUCUAUACUGAACUCCAAGAGGAGCAUGAACGUUGGGAUCUUCCUGAAACAGUUCAAGAGGCCAGUGGGAGACAUGAUCAACGACAUCAGUUCAGGAAACGGCCUGAAAUUUGGGACAGGUAAACUGAAGGAGCUGUGUAAGCUGCUGCCAGAGAAAGAAGAGGUGAAGCAGCUAGUUGGGUUCAAAGGGGACCAGUCAGCUCUUCCUGAAGCAGACCUGUUUAUGAUGCUACUUAUCAAGGUUCCCAGUUAUGAGGAGCGCCUCAACAGUUUGGUUCUCAAAGAAGAGUUUUUCCCGCUCAUGGAUGAAAUGAAACAAUCCAUCGCCACCAUGAUCACAGCUGGAAAAGAGCUGUUAGAGUGUGACGACCUACACUCUGUGAUCCGCCUGGUGCUGAAGACUGGAAACUACAUGAACGCUGGUGGCUAUGCUGGCAGUGCCAUUGGCUUCAGGAUGGCAUCGCUACUGAAACUAGUGGACACAAGGGCCAACAAACCAGGCAUGAACCUCAUGCACUAUGUAGUCAUGCAAGCUCAGAAGGUUGAUGUGGCCAUGAUGAAAUUCCCAGACAAACUCACACACAUCGCUGAUGCAGCAAGGAUCCAUAAGGAGGACAUAGAGAGUGAGUUUCAGAGAGAGGUGAAGAAAGUAAAGGAGGCGAAGGAGGAGGCGCAGAAACAGGAGGAGCUACGGGCUCAGAUGGAGGACUUUCUCAAGGAAGCAGAGUGUCGUCUGGCUGAGACUGAGCUCUCUCUGCAGUCGCUGGGUUCAGUCAGUGACUCAGUGGCUGAGUACUUCUGUGAAGACCCCAGCAAGUUCAGACUGGAUGAAUGCUGCUCCAUCUUCAGCUCUUUCUGUGCAAAGUUCCUGAGGGCCAUCCAGGAGAACCGUGAUCGUGAGGUGGCGGAGAUGAAGAGGAGAACCAGAGACAGACUGCUGAGCGAUGCUAAUGCUGCUAAACGCCGUUCCACCGCCACCUGCUCCAUACGGGACAAGGAUAUGGAGGGUGUGGCCCUGGAGUCCGUACUACAGAAGAGAAAAUGCAAGGGCACACCUUCCUGCACCAGUAGCAGCCUAUCAAAGGUCCCCAUUCAAGCAAACCUCCCCUCGGCAGAACAGGGAAACCAAGGUUCUGUUAAGGCCACAGAGGUGUGUAAGGAGAAUGAGUGGAACUCUGCCAGAGACCUGACUGGGACCUCUCAGAGCGACCAGAAGGACCAGUCCCACAGCAAAAAGAACUCUCCAAAUCCAGAGGAGACACAGCAAAACCCUAAGAAACCAGAGCAGAACCACAGAGGUUCUAGUUCUGGUUCUACACAGCCAACCAAGAGAACCGGUAGCAGCAGCUCCUCCUCUUGCUCCUCCACAGGUAGACCCAUCUCAGUGACGAUGAAGGACAAGGAGGAAGAGGAGGAGGGAAAUGAGGAAGAAGCCCAGAAGUUGCGUGAAGUGUCCAGGAAGGUUCUGAGGUAUCAGAGCAGCCGUGGUAGUCUUUCGUCUGGGGAGUACGGCCUGGAGCAGCAGAAGUCUCCUAAUGCCACCAAUAAUACUAACACCUCCACAAAAUCACCCAACGCUACGACCACUAAUGCUACGUCCUCCACCAUCUCCACCAUCACCUCCACCUCCCCUCACCAGAGGACCUUCCAAGAGGACAGACAGCGGCUUCUGGGGGAUGCAUGUAGAGGCAGCGAGAGUCUGGCUAGAUACCUCCUCAACCCUCACCUCUCCCCCAAGGGAAUACUCACCCGCAGACACACCUUCACCCUCCUCCCUAAAGCCCCUCCUACUGAGGAAGAGGAGGAGGAUGAUCUGUUCACUUUUCCUACUACUCCUACUCUGGGGGUCAUAGGGAGGAUGAAGUCAGUAGACACUGGUCUGAUGUCCCCGAAACACAAAGCCUCUGGAGGACCUAACCUCACCAAACUCCCUGGCCACUCUGAGAAGUCUUGUGUCCGAGACCUGGUGUCUAAGAGCCCCAUGUCAAAACACAACGUCUUGACAACAAGUCUCAACAUCCGCAGGGACUCUGAAAACAGAGGCUUGGUGGUACCCACCACCCCUCGCCACUGUGAGACAUCUGGUGUCCAGCAGGACAAGGUGUCCAACAGCUUGUCAGCAGCAGAGAGACCUACACACGUAGAGAUAGGAGAGCUGAACCAAGACAAGAGCUCCUCGAUAGUCAAGACAAAACCUCCCCCCUUACACCUAGAACUCAACCACAACCAGGAUGAGGAGAUAAAGGAGUUUUCUCCCACCCCUCUCCAGACACUCGUCUCCCAGAAGCCCAAGCAGGCUGACCCUCCUCAGAGCCCCAAACACAAUAUGGAUAACCCUUCUAAGAGCCCGAAGCCCAAACCUUCAGAGAGCAAUGGAUUCAUGUCUUUCUUUAAACGCCUGAGAGAGAGGAGCAGGCCAAUCACCCCAGCCUCCACCUGCCUUCCCAAGGAUGUACCCCCUGCACUCCAGCCAGCCUGCCUCUCUGCCAGUCCCAGGGACCACCCUGCCUCUCCUGGCAGCCAGGGCCUCAGCAUGAUGCCCCAGAAUGUACACCAUGCAUCCCCCUCUGCACCAUGUGCCCGCCUCCCCCUGCCUACUCAUGCACCCCAGUCUGCCAUUCUACCAGGCAUAGGGGCCCCCUGCCUCCCCCCAGCCUACCCCCAGCUAGGCCAGGCAGGCCUGAUCCCAGGGGGUGGGUGA